AAGCAAUUCACAACAGAAGGGGUCAGAUAACGUGGCUAAUUAACUCGAACUUAGCGUGUGGGAUUGAUAAGGAAUCAGGAUGUUUCGAUUCAUCCUCUUGCUGACCGCUGUGGCGUCAUGCUUUGCAUACAAGGACCCUCAAUUUGCAAGCGGCCGAACCACUAUGGUACACCUUUUUGAGUGGAAAUGGGAUGACAUCGCUGCUGAAUGUGAAAGAUUCCUUGGUCCUAAAGGAUUCGGUGGUAUUCAGAUUUCCCCUCCCAACGAGAAUUUGGUGAUAUGGUCCAGGAACCGUCCGUGGUGGGAGCGCUACCAGCCGAUGUCAUAUCGUCUUGUUACCCGCUCUGGGAACGAGCAACAGUUUGCUAACAUGGUACGAAGAUGCAACAACGUUGGUGUGAGGAUCUACGUAGACGCUAUCAUCAACCACAUGACCGGAACUUGGAACGAAAACGUGGGCACUGGUGGCAGCACUGCCAACUUCGGCAACUGGGACUACCCAGGAGUACCAUACUCAAGAAACGAUUUCAACUGGCCCCAGUGUGAGAUUCAGGGAAGCGACUAUGGCAACAACGCUGAAAGGGUACGCAAUUGUGAGCUGUCGGGUCUCAAAGAUUUAAAUCAAGGAACCGAAUAUGUCCGUAAUAUGAUCGUUAAUUAUAUGAAUCAUUUGAUUGAUCUGGGUGUCGCUGGAUUCAGAAUUGACGCCGCUAAACACAUGUGGCCUGGUGAUUUGCGCGUUAUCUACGACAGGCUUAGAAACCUGGACCCUAGCCAUGGUUUCGCAUCCGGAGCCCGGCCUUACAUUUACCAGGAAGUUAUUGAUCUUGGUGGUGAAGUGAUUAGCAGGGAUGAAUACACGCCCCUGGCAGCCGUUACUGAGUUUAAAUUUGGAAUGGAACUAAGUCGUGCUUUCACUAGUGGCAAUCAACUGAGAUGGCUUGUAAACUGGGGUCCAACCUGGGGACUUCUGGUAUCGGGAGAUGCCCUGACCUUCAUCGAUAACCACGACAACCAGCGAGGCCAUGGCGCUGGUGGAAACAUCCUCACUUAUAAACAGUCCAGGCCGUACAAGGCAGCUAUUGCUUUCAUGUUGGCCCAUCCAUAUGGAGUUCCCCAACUGAUGAGCAGCUUUGACUUCCACGACACGGAAGCUGGCCCUCCGAUGGACUCCAGUGGCAAUAUCGUGUCACCAUCCAUUAACUCCGAUAACACGUGCGGCAACGGAUGGAUCUGCGAGCAUCGCUGGCGUCAAAUCUUCCAAAUGGUAGCUUUCAGAAAUGUGGCUGGAAGCACCGGUAUUAACGAUUGGUGGGACAAUGGUAGCAACCAGAUCGCUUUCUGCCGCGGCGGUCAAGCAUUCAUUGCCUUCAACAACGACAACUGGGAUCUUAACCAGACCCUACAGACUUGCCUGCCUGCUGGUAAUUAUUGUGACGUCAUAUCGGGAGAGAAGCAAGGCAGCGGAUGUUCUGGCAAAGUGGUGACAGUCGGUAGCGAUGGCCGCGCACACAUCAGCAUUGGUGCCAACGAAUAUGACAUGAUGCUUGCCAUUCAUCAAGGCAGUGAGUCGAGAUUGUGAGGCGGUUAUGAAGAAAAUUACAUAUUCAUCAGUGACGGUUGCUUCAUCACGCUCUGUAAAGAAAUUAUAUUUAAAUAAACUGUUACGUUUUUUAUAAA